AGAUAUACACCUUGGAAAAAAAUGUUUUUAUACAGCCCCAAACAGACGAGCGCCAUCAACACUAAUGCCUGGGAACUGUCUCCAGAAAUUGAAGUUUAAGUGUCAGAUGGUUGAUAUUUCAGGUGGUUCGAAAAAUGUGUUAACCAAACGAUGUUAUUCCAUACGUUUAAAUUGGUACGAUGCACAACAGACGUGUUUACAAGAAAAAAGUUAUCUUCCAACGUAUACACCAUCAAACGACAUAUGUUUUGCAGAAAAAGACGUUGACGAGAUGAACAAUUGGCACAAUGCUUUCGUAAAAGAAAGAAUUGUUUGGGAAACAGAAAAUAGACCUAGAUUUAGCCCUAAAUGUUUAGCGGUAGAGUUGAGAGAGGAUAAAAAUUAUACAUUGCUGGCUGUUAACUGCACAGACAAAUAUAAGGCACUAUGCGUUUUGAAAUCAACAAUAGAACCUUCAACUCAUUUGAAUGCACAACAAGGAACUACUUACCCAAAUGAUACUGCUGAAAUAACAACGGUAUCUAGCGUACUAGGAUUUUCAAAACAGGAAGACAUAAAGACGACACCAAGUAACCCGGCAGAUGCUGUCAUAUUUGGAUCAGUUGGUGGAGUUACAGGAUUAUUAUUUGUUGUUGCACUCGUCAUUGUGUUCAUCAAGCGAUCGUCGAUUUUGAAGAAGAUCCAGGACAGUACUCAACAAAACAAUUCGCCAUUAUAUGAAAAUGAUAUUGGAUUACAGCAACAAGUCUAUCAGGAUCUUAAUCCAGUCAUAGAAGACAUUAAUUCAACAUAUGAUGUUAUGCAUACAAAUAAUUCCCCAAUGAAUGAACAUGAUAUCGGAUUGGAGAACCAAGUCUAUCAGGAUCUAACUCCAGAUAGAGAAGAAAACAAUACCCCGUAUGAUGAACUCCACAUUAAAAACAAAUGAAAAAUACGUUGUAGAAAUCAAAACAUGAAAUCAUGAGGAUAUACUGAAGAAAUUAACGAUACAUUGAACUUAAAAUAUUGUUGUGGCUUCAUUCUAGUAUUGUACCCGUUUAUUAUUUCAGUGAUUGGACAAUGAUUUACAUGUAGAAAACAAUUAUACUAACUUUAACUGUCCAAUAUUUUUAUGGAUAUACAAAUCGACCCCUGGUGUUGCUCUAAAUAAUCUUAACUUAUAUACAUAUAUGAAGGUAUUUUCUUUCAGAACGACAAGUCAUUCUUUUCCAGAAUCAAUCUGGACGAUACCAUGUUUCAAUGAAAUAUGCUCACAUGCAUAAAAUAAUGACCUGUGUGAGGUCAUUAUUUUUCUUGAUAAAAAUGCAAGCUAUAAUUUACUUUAAAAUUUUAUUCGUCUGAUAGUUUUUUGUUGCCGAUUCGGAAAUUUAUAUUUCAAAGUUCAAACGAUGAUAGAU